AUGCUUUGCGCAUUCAUCAUCUGGACUGCGUGCGCCGGUGAAUUCGCGAAGACUGGCGUCCAGGCUCAAGGUAAUGCUGUCAUAGCCAUGAUCUAUGUUUACUACCUCUUCUACAACCUGGCAUGGAGCGGAAUGCUGAUCGGCUACGGAGCUGAAAUCCUGCCGUACAACCUACGUGCGAAGGGCCUGACCUUGAUGUUCCUGAUGGUCGACGUUGCUCUUUUUUUCAACCAAUAUGUGAACCCGAUCGCUUUGGACGCCCUGGCGUGGAAGUACUACAUCGUGUACUGCGUGUGGCUGGCCUUCGAGCUUCUCGUGGUCUACUUCUUCUACAUCGAGACCCGGUACACGCCGCUGGAAGAAAUUGCAAAGCAUUUCGAUGGCGCGGAGGCAGUUGUCGGCGGGGCUGCCGCGAGCGAGAAAGUGCGUGUCAUCGCGGCCGAAGAGGCUGCGUACGGCAAGACCCCGUACGCGGUGGAGCAUAAGGAGCUGUAACGAGGAAGCGUUUAUCCUCUUGCUACGGGGCUGUACAUAACGGGAGACAUUGGACAUUCUGGAUGAGCCAUCGUGCGGCAUGGCUUGGCUUUCGCUGCUCUUUGAUAAUUGCCGAAAGACUGGCCGACUGCUUUCUCUCUUCGUGUCAGAUAGCUGGUCGUGACUUCCACUCACUAGAUCGCUCUUGCCUCAGUAGUGCAGGUCGAGGCAGCCACUGCGCACUUCCAAAUCUCACGAUCACUUCACUUCGCAUUCAUCUCAGCACAAAGCAUUCUGACUUCGCUGGCGGCGCACCAGUCUCCCGAGAAAUUCACUGCUGGAAUCAUGGUUUGGAUUCCCGUUUGCAUCAUCAGCACGAUGCCCAUUGCUGACCAUCUCAGGCGCCAAAGACACAGUGCAACGCGCUGAAGCUCGCGCAGAUCGUCACCUGGAUGCAAAGGUCGCGCUCGGUCUUCAGUCUCAAAGACCUCGAGAAAGAGCUUCCCAAAGUCGCCGGAGUCAGCAGCAUUCAGGUCAAAGACUAUAUCCAAGCACUUCAAGAUGACAGCAAAAUCAGCUGCGAGAAGAUCGGAUCUGGAAACUGGUUCUUCAGUUUUCCCUCCCAGGCCAGACGUGAGGCCGACAGCAGCCUCAAGAAGGUGCGUGGCGACCACGAGCAGAUCAGCGGCAUUGUGAAAGAUCUGCACCACAAGCUCGCCGAGAGAGCUGCACAGCUGGAGCGGGAGGAGACGAUGACGGAUGCCGGUCAGGACAGCCGGGCAGAGCUGAUGCACGAGAAGGUCGUCCUCGAAGCGGACCUGCAAACACUCCGCAAACAACUUGCCGCAUACAGCGAAGACGAUCCUACCGAGAUGCAGCGACGGGAGACGGAGUGCACGAAGCUUUUCCAUGAUGCAGAUCAAUACACGGACCAGAUCGUGUCGAUGGAGGAGUGGCUCGAGAAGAACUACGGCAGAGAAGCGGUGUCUGCGUCCCGCUUUGAGUAUGGCGAGGAAUGGGACAGCGAAGAGUUUGAGAUGACGCCACUAAGCGAUCCGAAUGGGCUGGAAGGCGCAUCUGUGUGAGGGAGUCUGUAUAAUGUGGCCUGAAGAUGUGUGGUGCCGGCUCGGAGGUUCUGUUUGACCAGAAAAUUCUCGUUUGCUGAGAUCCCUGCUCGCAAGGACAAACGCGUGCUGUCGCGUGACUCGCGUCUAACUGAGACCUGCCCUGCCUGCCCUUGUUCAUAUAACACGCUGCUGUUGCCUGAACCUUGGUCCCGCUUCAAGCACACCCAUCCCGAACUUCCUCUUUGCAAUCUGCUUCCACUUCGUUCGUCCGUCCAAAUUGCUUACGAUGUCAGAUUCCACCGCAGGCUCCAUCAAUGCUGAAGAGCUCCAGCAAAAGUGCGCAAGAUGUUCAAAGACUGGUGGGCCACUCAAGAAGUGCGCCAAAUGCAGAUCGAUCCUUUACUGUGACAGAGAGUGCCAGACACUUCACUGGAAGAUGCACAAAAAGGAGUGCAGUC